AUAACAGAUCUCCAUUUCUAUUUUCCCGCCCAUCUCCAGACCAGCCCUCUCCCUCUCCGGAUUCGAUCAGUUGUUUCUCAAUUUCUCGAUCCAUCGCCCAUGCCGUCGGGUCCGAGGAAGAGAAGAACCGCCAGGCGGAAGAAGGAAAUGGUGGAGCAGAUGAAGACCAUCUCGUCUUCCGAUCCUUCCCAAGAUUCAGGGCAAGGGGAUGAUCUGGUAACGGAAGGGAGCGGCGAGGUUGAUAGCCAUUGCACGGCAUUUUCCUCUGCCCCGACAUCGCCCUCUGCAGAGAGCUAUUACUCUUUAUCCUCUAAAGAGUGGUCUGGAUCGGAAGCUGUCGAUGGUGUCGCGAAAAAGAAUUCGGAGAAUCUUGAAGCCGAGGGCUUUACCGAGCAAGAUGAACUGGAGUUGGCUCCUGCUGUAACGGAAGUAGCUUUUCUGCCGAAAGAUGAAUCGGCCGCUAAAUCAGAUGAAUUAACCGAAUCUGAAAGGGGAAACUCGAAAACUGCCGAGGAUUCGGACAUUUCCGUCGAUAACGCCAUUGGUUUGACUGAGGAAAGGAGCCAAGUCACGGAGGUUGCUGCUGAUGUUCUUGAAGAGAUUCCGCGCGGCGACAGAGAAAAAGCAGCGGAAGCCCGUGGCCUUGAUGGGGUCGGUAAACACGGUGGAAAUGGCCGUCAAAUUGCUGGAGUAGACGAGACGUUACCGACGACCAAGGUCCAGCAUAGCGCUCCGCUGGUGGUGCAUCGUUCGCAAUGGUGGAAUUGUUGUGGUUUGCUGGAUUUGUCACAAAUCCUGUUGGAAAAUUUCAGAUGCAGUUAUGCUAGUUUCUGAAAGAUGCCCAAGUAAAGAUUGUGAAAAUAACUGUGGAACAUUUUAAUGGUAGGUGUCAGGUAAACUAAGCGAUACUUUGUUUGCUUGCUUAUAAGCCGUUAAAUAACUUUGUCACAUUCUAGUUCAACUCUAUACACUUUGAGGUACUAAAUUUGGUAGCAU